GGGUGUGUUCGAUCGUCGCUUGUUUUGAGUAAAUUUAGUGAAUUAAAGUUAUUUUUACAAUCAUGGGCAAUUACUUUAAUAGAAGUAUGAAAAAAAAUCAGGAAUUAAUGAUGGAAAAACAACAACAACUUCAAAAUCAAAUGCGGGAAAGGCAAGUGGCGAUGGCAAUUGCUGGCAGUAGAGAUGUCUGUUUGUGGUUAACAACAUUUUAUGUGACUGCCGGAGCAGCAAUGUUAAAUGGUUACAGGAAGACAAAGAAACCGGCUCUUUUGGUGCCCUUAUUUCCGCUGACAUUUGUGACUCUUUAUUAUUGGGAUUUUGCUUAUGGGAAUAAAAUACAUAGAAUUCGAAAGGAAGCAGAACACAUAAUGACGAACGAAGUAGAAUUACUGGGGUUGCCAUUUGGUUUACCAUCUCUGACGUCUGUCGACCUUGGCCGUAUUGAAGACGAAGAUAAGAAAAAAAAUAAUACACUAUCACAAUAAACUUUUGAAACAACACAUUUGGAGAAUGCAGCUUUACUAGUACGUUUUAUUUUUAUUUUCAUUAUUGAGUAGGUGGUAUCCUCGAGCUCCAUAAAGACAAUAAAAGGCAUAACCUAAGUAAAAAUAACUGUUUACAAAAUUAUAACUUUCCUGCAUGUAUAAAUUCAUUAUUUAAUUUUGAUGUUCAAAAUGCUUGACAGUGUUACAUACCACCAGAGGCAUACCACUCAAGCUUUGUCAAAAAUUAUGAAGUUCAACAAUUCCGUUAUUAAAAAAUACAUUACAAUUUUGAAAAAAUUGAGCGCGUUCUGUAUUUCGUGAGCACAUCAAUGUUUUAUGUUUCGAGUGUAAUAUAUGGAAAAUUUUAUAUACUUAUUAUAAAAAUAAAUUGUGAAAUGGGAGAGGUAUACUGUAGUAUACACCAAAAACUAUAAAUAUACGUUUAAACAAAUGAAGUACAUCGUUUAUUAUAAGGAUUAUUAUAAGGAUUAUGAAGUAUAUGUUUAUGGAAGGAUAUUGGAUACUACCGUAAGUUUGCGUAAUCAUACUUAUUUAAAGAUUGAUAAA